UCCUUACGACGAGUGGUCGAGCCUGGCUAUACCGCGGGUACUGGGGUGACUGCAAACGGGCCCGAAACCUGCCUCACGAUCAGUGAUGUCUCGGUGUGUUUUGUCGAGACGACAGCGGCGACGACCACGACGAGACGAGGACGGAACGUAGUAGUCAUACCGCAUUCGCCGAUAAGUAGCGAGGUGAACAUCGAGUGCGGCGCAGGGAGGAUAGUAAAAACAAACGAGCGUCAGCGACGAGCAAAUGUUUUCAAAAAUAGGGCGACGGAAAGGCGUGUAAAGUAAGAGAAUUUGAAGAGAAGAGAAGGGAAGAAAAAACAAAACACGGAGAGAAACCGCGGCCGAUAGUCGGUUUUUUUUUUCUUUGUUUUUUUUUUUCUAUUUUUUUCCUUCACAUCCCCCUUCUUUAUUCAAGCCAGUGUGUGGUGCUGUGGGGUGAGGGAUGAGGGACAGGGGGAUAUUGCCGACAAAGAUUUGAGACUAGAAAUGUUGAAGUUUGGAAGCAAAAACGACGUGACAGUGGUGCAUCGGGCCACUAUUCGCCUUUUGGAUGACACCGAGAUUAUACAGUGCGAUUUUCAGCCUCAACACAAGGGAAGAUUCAUCCUCGAGUACGUGUGUAAACAGUUGAACAUAUUGGAGACGGAUUACUUCGGCCUGAGAUACGUCGAUCAUUCGAGGCAGAGGCAUUGGUUGGAUCUGGCCAAAACCGCGAUCAAACAAGUCAAAGACAUGGAUCCGAUCCUCUUCAGUUUCCGUGUAAAAUUUUACCCUCCCGAUCCCUUUCGCUUGAAGGAGGAAAUAACCAGAUAUCAGGUGUAUCAGCAGCUGAAAAGGGACCUUUUGCACGGCAGGCUUUACUGCAGUCCCGGCGAGGCUGCUUUGCUGGCUGCUUGCGUCGUUCAAAGCGAGCUGGGUGACUACGAUCCGGAAAUACACGAGGGUAACUACAUUUCGGAACACAAGCUCUUGCUGAAACAGACCGAGACGAUCGAGGAGAAGGCGAUGGAUCUCCACCAGACCCAACUUAAGGGGUUCACGCCCGAACAGGCAGAGACGCAUUUUUUGAGGCUGGCUUCUCAGCUGGACACCUACGCCGUCGACCCACAUCCGGUUAAGGAUCACAGAGGUUCUCAACUGUACUUGGGUAUAAAUCACUGCGGCAUUCUGACCUUUCAAGGAUCGAGGAAAACGCAUCACUUCCGCUGGCCGGAAGUACAAAAGAUAAAUUACGAGGGGAAGAUGUUUAUUGUACAUCUCACGUUUAACGAGGACUUGAGGACGAAGAAAAAGCAUACGGUUGGUUUUAAGUGCCCAACCGGUUCGAGUUGCCGGCAUGUCUGGAGGUGUGCGAUAGAACAAAUGCUAUUUUUCACCUUACCCCGGGCUUCCGACGCUCCUGUGGUUAGUGGCGGUUCGAUAUUUUCAUGGGGCACUAAGUUCAAGUACACCGGUCGCACAGAGAAAGAAGUUCUCGAAGAGACGGGUCCGCUUCGAAAGGAGGAACCUGCUAUUCAACGUGGUAACGCACGCACAUCUAGUCUUAGAAGAAAGGCGAGCAGCGUUCCUGCGACGCCGAGCACCCCGAGUCAAGAUUUGGUCGAAAUUCGAUACUCGAGCUUGCCACGGAGCUGUCAUAGUGCUGGUCUCGACGGUACUGGGAUGUGUGAAAGUGGCGGAGUUCCUUUCAGCUCUCCGUACUGCCCAGACAACACUCUGCCUCUGUUGGAGACGGUGUCGGAAGAUCAAGAGAUUCACGCUCGUCGAAAUAACGCCGUAGACGAGAAUGAUUCGCAUGCGAGCGCAGCCGGCGAACAGAUACAGCCGGUGAAAAAGUUGAAAUUUGCAAAGACGACGUUCAGCAAGGCACCGCCGUUAUACAGUCAGAGAAUAGUGAUAGGUACGGAGGAGUUAAGUGGAAAAAAUAUCGAUAAACUGGUGAGGCAAAAGAUAGAUUCAUUUGAAAAAAGUCCAAAAGUCGUCAGAUCUACGGCCCUCAUUGUUAAAACGUCAAAAACACUGGCAAAUGGAAUUUCUUCUUGCCCAAAUUCAUCGACUUUCAACUCAACUUCAAAUAUAAAGUUGAACGGUAACGUUUACCUAUCCAAAGACUCUGCCCCAACGGAUUUGAGCCGAGGUCUAUCUUCCUCGUCCGGGCCUUUGCUCGUCGAUCACAAUCUCCAGGAUAUCGCAGGCAUGAGGAAGUUCCAGGUAAACCCAAAGAUAGACGAUCCAGCACCGGGGCGAAAUCGAAUUAACUUUACGGACGGUGAUUCUCUUUCGAACACAGUCGGUGCUGACGAGGCGGACACGAACGACUAUUACUUCAGGGAUUCGUUCGACCAUUCCUCAUCCGAAAGCCAACUAUUAGACGCGACAGGAAAGCCUCACAGUAGAUCGGUGACGCCUGUGCCGAAGAUGCAGAAGCUGCAGAAUUCGAAAUUAUGUUUACAAGUUCAGGGGUCGGGAAAAGUGUCCCAUAAACGUCUCCAUGUAAUAAAAAUCUUCGUCCCGGCGCUGAUGCUGACCAUUGUUGUACUCUGCAUUGUGACGGUGCUGAUAUUCGAAACUGACACCGCGCUGUUCAACAGCAUGCGAAAGACACCGGAAAUGGUUGCUCUUAGGAAUCAGUGCUACGCACCUAUAAGGGAAUUUUUAAAAAGCAAAUUUGGUCUGUUCUGAUGUCGUCUACGGUAUGAGAAAAAUUUUCAUAGUCUAAACUCUUAACGACAGUGCCAAUUUAAUCAGGGACGAGAUAGGUUUACUAUUAUAAUAGACCGUGCGGUAAAUCGGACCGCGAUACUUCUAAUCAAAUCUAAAUUAACGUACGACGUUAACAUUUCGACGACUUGAAAGUCAAUCGCAGCAUUAAUAUUUUUCGUUUUAAGCUGUUUUUACGCUUUCACGAUGCCCGUAACAUGCAACGUUAAGAAACUGGAAUCUGAAUUCCAUCGCAGUAUCUUUGCCACCCUCUCUCAAAGUGACCAAACUUCCGAGUUUCAAUUACUUCAACUUUCAUCCGCAGAUAUUGAAAUUGCUUAAUUUUAACGCCAAUCUUUUUUUGAACGUGUUCGAUUGUGGCUUGCGAAUUACUACCUGUUGCGAAAUCGCUGACACGAUCUUAACGAGGGUUAAAAAGAGCGCUGUGAUUUAACUGAAAAAGAAAAUUAAUUAGUAAAUAAUCUGCUGGCGCGUUGUCCGGCCUUUGGCUUUGAAAGAAUGACUUUAUUCUUUUUUUUUUUUUUUAAUUCAUAAAUGAAAAUUCAAUUAUUUCUUUUUAAAUUCGAAGCGAAAGUAGGUGUGAAAAUUUUUUCAAUCAUGGUCAAAUAAUUAUUUGACAAACUAUCAAUGCGUAUAAUAUGCUAUAUAAUAUAUAAAAGCACGCGUUAUAGAAUGAAAUUUACCCUAUUUUAUCGUCAAAUGGAAACUGAGGAAUAGAUGAUGUAAUCAAAAAUGAUUUAAUAGAAUAAAUCGUUAUAGCAAUGUUAGGUAAUUUUAAUGUUCAACGAAAAGCAAUUAAUACGUAGGAUUUAAGGGUAUGCGUUUUUAUCGCUGAAAUAGAUGGCAUGACAGAGUAAAGAAUAUAAUGUGCUUCGUUUAAGUGAAUAUAGAAAAACUGUAUAGUUUAGAUUGAAUAUAGAAUUCAUUUAUCAUUACACGCCAUUCUAUCCGUAGGUAAUAUCUCAACUGAGUUUGAAAAUAUUUUCUUGCCGCCUCUAAGGCAUAUCAUUGGUUAAUAUUUAUUAAUUUAAUAUAUUUAUUUCAUACAGAUACAUUUUAUAUAUACACAUAUAUAUUUAUAUAAUAUAUUAUUUUGUUUAAAUUUUCUCUCAUGGUUCCUGAUUACUUACAUAAGUUUACGUAUGUAAAUCCUUUUACGAUCGAGUUUUUUUUUUUUUUUUUUUUUUUUUUUCUCCACGCUUGUUUUCUAUUCAAAAUCAAUUUUUAUUCAAAGUUGCUUUGUCGAUGCACGUAUGCCUUCAUUCCCUAAUUUUAAUCUCUAUUUCGUGUAUUCUUCUAGUCCACAAAGCGUCCGAGUAAUGCGAUGAAAGUGAACAAAAAAUAACAAUGAAAAAGGUGUAGAACGAAGCGAUGAAGAGUAAGAGUGUAAAAUUUUAUUUGUGUAAUUGUUGGAUCUGAUUUGUUUUUAUUUGUUGGUGAAAUGUACUCUUAUCGACUAGGAAGAUUUUACAUCCACUAAUAUCGGUAGACGUAGAAAUAAUGUUCACGCAUUCCUGGUGUAAUUUAUCAGCAAAAAAAAAAAAAAAAAAAACAAAAAAAAAACAAAAAAAAUACGAAAUAAAAUAAAAAUAAAAAAAACAACAUUUGUUUGCAUAAGUCUGUGGAUUGAAACUCGGUUGCGAAAAAACAGAAAGAAAUGUAAAUAUUAUCCAAAAACAAAUGUUCAUUAAAAAUUGGCAAAAUUUAUUCAAUCUAUUCUCUAUAAGCUUAAAUGAAAAAUGAUCUACAGAAGUUUGCAGGGAAAAAAAUAUUCACCGAGGACACUUGGCGUGAUUUUAUUUAUUCGUCGGAGGUAAUGAUAAGAAAAUGCUUGGGUAUUAAAAUUGUUCUGUAGUAAAUGCCGCCGCUUAGAAAUGAAUCGCAGCUCCAGUUGUUGUAAAAGAUAGGGAUUUUUGUCACGAAUACACGAGCCGUAGCAGAAAAUUUCCCCGUACCGCAGAGCUAAAAAAACUAAACACCUUUUGCAAAUCCAUGCGUCAACUGUUAACUGCAUUGAGCGAGUAAAAAAAAAAAAAAAAAAAAAAAUCACCUUCCUUCUCUCAAGUUUUGUGUCUGUAAUGACAAACCAGAAAGCUAAAUACACAAUAAACCUGAUAAAUGAAAUAGACGAAUCUUUGUAAACUGUCAUUGUAUUUCGCGUUUGUGAAUCCUUGAAGCGCCAAAGUUGAUUGCGAAAAGAUUGUCUAUCUUAAAUAUUUAACGUCACAAAACCGAACGAUUGCGAUGGCAUCGAUAUUUUCCCCGUGAAAACUUUCGGACUGACCUUAUUUCCUACAAGUGCCUACGCUGUACUAAAAAUCUUUUUUAAUCAAUUAUUCGUCUCCGAUAUAUAACGAGCGCACUCUGUGUAAAAUUAUUUACAAGUUAUUUCAUCCGGUUCUCUUUUGAAUCGCCGUGGUCAUUCCACUCUCAUCUAAUUUGCAAUCUCUGCUCGAAACGGAGGCGAAAUAUUGACAUGCCAAAACUUCAUGCAAAACUGUAUAGUUUCAUAGGAACUUUAUAGUUUAAUAAUAUAUUUACACGAACGAUGUUUCUUCGACUUGAAUAAUUCGCGUAGCCUGAGUGCUUAUCGGUAAAACUGAUUGCUUCCUUGCGCUGUUUUCUAAGAAAGAAGAAUAAAUAAAUAAAUAAAAAAAACAUAAACAAGUUUGAAAAUACUUCCGACCAAUUUUUCAAUCCCUUUCCCCCCCCCCAAAAAAAAAAAAAAAAAAAACAAAACACCCCCCCAAAAAUUUUACGCGAAUAAUAUCAAGUCCGAGAACCGUUGUACAAUUGUACUUGGAAAUUGUAUAAAUAAUAUAUAGAUGUAAACGAAUGUCAAUUGCAAUAUACUUAUAAUGAAUCUAGUUGUAAAGACAAAGAGUUGAACAAAAAUUUUGCGGGAGAAAACUAUGAAGGAAAGUUAAAUAAAUUGAAAUAGGUAAUUCAUUGUAUACCUAUAUCACCUGUGUAUAGUUAUUAAUUAUUGCGAGUGUGGAAAAACAAAAAAAAAAAAAAAAACAAAUAAAAUAAUAAUAGUAAUGAUAUUAAUAAUAAUAAUGAUAAUGAUAAUAAAAUUUGUCGUACGGCGUAAAAAUUGCGAAGAUACAAUUCUUAAGCAUUUUUCAAAUCAGUGCUGAAUCGAAUCCAUGUAAUGUAAUAUUUUUAACUUAUCGAACGACAAGGAAAAAACAAACGAGAAAGAAAAUACGAACGAAGUAAGAAUAAGAGAAAGAAAAACUUUCGCGUACAAUUUGCACUAGUAAAGUGAUGAUAAAAAAAAAAAGAAAGGUUGAAAAAUUGUUGAUGACGAAUGACGAGAUUUGGGAAUAUUCCGAAUUGUAAAAAUUACAGGUAAAUAGAGCUACAUCGAAAAACAGCAAACUAUGGGGGAAAUGUUUAAUUUCUAAUCGUAAUAUUAAAUCUGCUGCAAUAAUUGCGGUACAAAUUUCAUACAUAAUAAUACAAACGAGUAUAUUGUAUAUGUAUAUUUGUGUAUGAUUUUUUAUUUUAAAGAACGAAAAAUAAGAAGGUGAAAAAACAACAAGACAAAGAGACAAACUAUUACUAGAAAAUACUUCUUAGUAACUAUACCUAAUACCAUUAUAUUCAUUGUGAUAGGUCAUAAUAAUUGUUCGGCAUGAACGGUCUGGCAAAACGAUGCAGGUCGAAAAAUUGAAGCACGGAAGAAAAAAAAUAAAUAAAUAAAUAAAAAUAUCAAAAACACAAAACAAUUCAACUCGAAGAAUCUUUAACUGCUAAUUGAAUGCUAAUUGUCUUUCGUUUCAAAUUCUUAUUUCAGUGAAAACUAAAAUGAAGAGCACAAAAAAAAAAAAAUCGUAACAAGAAAUAAUCGAAGAACCGAUAUAAAAAUUAAGAUUUCAGA